AUGGAAAAGAUUUUUAGACGAUUGUUUUAUCUUAUGGAGGAGGAUAUUGAUAAACUAACGGAGUUUUAUGAUCUACUUAACCAAAUGAAUUCGGAUAUCAAAUUCACGAUGGAAACAGAUGAUUUGCAAAUGCCAUUCCUCGAUGUUCUUGUAACAAAGGAUAAUACCAGCUUAAAUAUGGAUAUUUACUAUAAACCAACCGACACACACCAAUAUCUGCAUUUUGGAUCAAGCCAUCCCCAUCAGACUAAAACAGCUAUACCAUAUAACCUCGCAAGAAGGAUAUGCACCAUUGUGAGUAAUACCAAUAUCAGGGAUAUUCGUUUGGAGGAAUUAAAAUUGUAUUUAUUAAACCAAAAAUAUCCAGAACAACUUGUAGAUAAUGGUAUAAAGAAAGCCAAGGAGUGCGAUAGAAAUUCAAUGCUCCAAGGCCGUAUCAAAGAAUAUCAAGCGAGAAAUUUGCGACGGUUUAAUGUCGUAAGUCCUUACCGUCCCGAACUGUGUCAACCAAUAUUCGAUCAAUUUAUCUCCGAGUAUCUUCCAAAAGCAGAACGGAAUUGGCUAGACAAUGGGCAAAAAAUAACACAGGUUCAUGAUCCAUGCAUUGUUAUCUGCCUUCAUUCAUCUAGAGCUCCAGAGGAUGUUAAUUUGACCUUGCAAAAGCUUUUCAUUUCAGAUAUACAGGUGCUAAUUGUCGGCAUUCAACCCUGCGAAAAAACAAUCAAGCCGAGCAGUUUGCUUAAAUACAACCUCAAGUCGAGGAUUAAAGAUAUUAGAGUUUAUGAUUUCACCGAUAUUGUUUUCUCUGAUACGACUGAAAAGUGUUACUUAUCCGACAUCAAUGUAGAUGCUGUGGAUGACAUUUCUAGGUUUUGUGGACAACAAACAAACACAAGCACAGUAAUGCCGGAUAACUCAUCAAGAAAGUAUGAAACGACUAAAAAAAAGGAUAUAGCCAUGGUAAAAGAUUCUUAUUCGAGCGAUUCAAAUGCAUAUGUGCAUGAGGGCGAAAGCCAUGCUCGUGACAUUGAUAAUUGCUCGAUGUUUGAAGAAGGGAAUGCCGAAAUUGCUACAAGUCAAAGAGAAAAUUACGAACUUCAUUGUCCAAAACCAAACGACAAUCAACUAAACAACGCAUCGUCCAGUUUACAACAGCCGAUGAAUCAAACUACUGAAAAGACGAAUAUAAAAUGUUCAAAAGAUCAAAAGUCAAUAACCAAAAUGGAUAGCCAAGUCAAUGGUAUUGUUUGA